UUAAUGAUGAAUGGUUGGGAACACUCAUGCUGGCAGGUUUAUCAGAUAAUUAUAAACCAAUGAUCAUGGGUCUGGAAAGUUCCGGUAUUAAAAUAACAUCAGAUUUUAUAAAAACAAAACUUUUGCAGGAAGUGAAAGUGUCCGAAACUACUGUAUUUUUCACUAAGCACAAGAAUACCUCUUACAACAAUAAAAAGCCAAAAGGCAAGGGCCCUCGUUGCUAUAACUGCAAUAAAUAUGGACAUAUAAAAAGUCAAUGUACAGUACAAGUACAGAAAAGAAAUCAAACCACCUUUGCAGCAGUUUUUUCAGCUUACAGUACACUAAACCAGGAUGACUGGUAUAUUGACUCUGGAGCAACAAUGCACAUGACAAGACGCUCAGACUGGAUGUAUGAUGAACAGUCACCUCCGAUUCACAGAAUAAUGGUGGCAAACAGUGAAGCGAUCCCUGUGCAGAGUAUGGGUAAAGUAAAUAUUCAAACUAAAUUAAACAAAGAUGAACAUCAAAUACAGGUUCUGAUGGUUAUCAUUCCAGGACGAAGCACAUUGAUGUGAGGCAUCAUUUUGUUCGUGACAAGGUGCUUGGAGGGGUCAUCGACGUUCGCUACGUUCAGACGGACAUGAUGGUCGCAGAUGUCCUAACGAAAGCCACG